CUACAACCGCGGCGUAGGUAUGUUAUUCUAAUUAUUGACCGGGUUAACAUUUAGCCCUUUACAAAAAUACCUACCUGUGUUAAUAUUUCUGUAAAACGGUGAUAAAAAAAAACUGUAUGAUAAUGAAAUAUUCGGGCAGAGUUGCAUUCAUUGCUGGUGGUACAGGUAUUGUCGGAUCGGGAUGCGCUAGGUCUUUACUGAAAGAAGGAGCAAAGGUAGCUGUUAGUUCAAGGUCUCAACAGCGCUUAGAUGAUCUGAAGAAGAGUUUCAGUGAAGACUUACAGAAAAAUCUGAUACUUAUUGCGGAAGACGUUGCAACUGAAGCUGGCGCAAAGAAAAUUCUUAAAAUUUUACAGGAUCAACAUGGCGGCGUUCAUCACGUGUUGUCAGCCUUUGGUGCCUGGUGGGAGGAAGGUCCAUUGACAGAACAGAGUGUGGAAGAAUUCGAUAACCAGAUGAACAUGAGAGCUAAAUCCCAUUUCAUUUGUUGCAAGACAUUUCUACCCGUCCUGGCAAAAGAAAAAGAUACGACGUAUACAUUUGUAAACGGACUGUCAUGUGAGAGCGUGUUCUCGCCGAACAUCUCCCUGCUUGCUGUCGGUGCAUGUGCACUAAUGGGAAUAUCAAAUUGUGCACAGGCGCAAUAUAAAGAUUCGAACGUAGCAGUAAAUGAACUUCGAAUUGCAAUAUUUAUUAAACCUAAGCUUGAUAAGGACUUAACCAAGGACGACAGAAUUACAGUCGUGAAUGGAAUGAAGAUUGAUACAGUCGGUAAUGACGUCAUGGGAGAUUUUUUUGCUGAUUUCACCAGAGUUGGUAAAAGAGGCCUAAUCCGUGUAACCUCCGUAAAAGAUAUGGAAACAUAUAGGAAGGAUUUCCAGAAGUAGAUGUGAAGGGUUUUCAAAUAAAUGUUGAACUGAAAGACAUUCAAAUAUUAUCUAUUCAAUUAGAGUGUUUGUUGGGACUUGUUUUCCAAGAGUGCAGUGAAUGGAACGAAAGAAAAAGGAUGCACAAAAAUACUUAUAAGAGUAGGAGAUAUACCAUCUCAAUUUUAUUUUAACGAAUAUUAGUAUUUCAGAUUGAUAAGGACUGGGACAAUCCGAUACUUUCUUUCUUAUCCUUAGUUGUUUUGGUUUCUAGUGAGACGCAAGUAUUAUGAUAUUUCAUUGGACAAUUAUUCUGGUAACAGAAGAAAGUAGUACAUGAUGAAAGGUGAAGGACUGGUGAUCCUUGUAGAACACACAAUUUACUGAUAAUUUUGAAUAAUACAAAAAUGUAUGAAUGAAUUUUAAAAUUGAGGGCAUAGAUAGCCUGUUUCUAAGAUAUGAAGUACCUGCAUGGUUUGGUUUAUCCAAAAUUCCGGUAACCAGUGCUGUACGGUCUGGUGUUUAAAUACAGGUAUAUUGAUCCCGCUUCAAAAAAAAUGACAAGUUUUAAUUACACGACUUUUCAUUUGAAUAAUGUUUAUCUUAUGGUAAUAACCUUUGACAACUACAGAAUACUAUUUUAUUAAUAGAAAACUUUAGUCUUGAUUUAUAAGUUGAGAUUAUGUCGUUUCAUAAAAGAGAAUAAUGUAAAUUUAUCUAUAUUCCUAUGCAGCAAGAAAACGAAAAUGGUGAUCCCAUUUUAUAUUCCCAUUCUAAAUGAUGGUGGUAUAUUGCAACCACCAAGUCCAUCCGUUCUUCAAUCAACAUUUUCGUCACACUUUCGUCGAAAACUACUGAACAGAAUGACUUCAAAUUUGGUCUGGAGCUUGACAAUGUUGAGUUGUAACGUGUGAGAGUUUUUUGGAUCAGUCAGACACCUAUACUUUCGUUUCUUGAUUCUUUAAAUUACGAGUAGGGUAUGCUUUGCACGGCAAUACUAGCACUCCUGGUUUUAAUUUGGAGAAAGCAUUCAAUAAAAGCAAUCUUUUCAUAUUCUUUUA